GUAUGCAUUACCUAAGGCUUUGUUCAGGGUCGUUUAUUUAACGCGACUUAUUCCUUGGAGAAGAACUGUUGUUUCCUCAUUCCAUAUGAAAACAAUUUAGAGGCGACUGAAUAUUGUGUAUGACACUUCAAACAGUUCGUUUUCUAUUCCACCUUGUGAAUGACGUGUAUUUACAGAUUAAAUGAUAAUAAUCGUCAUUACUUUCAAACAUUUCACAUCUAGCAGAAAAAUUCCUAUCUCAAUUAGCUUAUGUAAUCACUAAUUGAUGUUACAUGAUCCUCGGGUUCCCACAUUUUCAUGAGGUCUCAUCCUUUUUACUGAGAUUUCAAGUGAAAUGGAAUUUUUAGUCUUUGUUUUGUGUUUAGAAGUUUCAUCCUUCAUUAUUUUCCCAUGGUUUACGUUUUAUUUUCAUCUCUGUAUGCUUUUGAAGGUGGUAGAAAUCAACACUGAUUCCCCUCCAGACUUUCAUGAUCGUGAACAUCGCAAUGUAGAAAACAGGAUUGAUACAGUUACUCCCUUACUUCAUCGAUUCCCAUACUCUAUUGUAUGGACUCCAAUUCCCUUAUUAACAUGGCUGUUUCCUGUUAUUGGACAUAUGGGAAUAGCUAAUUCAUAUGGUGUUAUAUAUGAUUUCGCUGCCCCUUACACUAUUGGGGAGGAUCAAAUGGCUUUCGGAUGGCCAACAAUGUAUUAUCAACCUCAUAUAAGACUCAGAGGAAGUCGAGAAACCUGGGACAAUGCCAUCUUUGAAGCAAAUGAAGUUUAUAAAGGACGAAUACAUAAUCUGUUUUGUGAUAAUUGUCAUAGUCAUGUGGCGUAUGCUUUCAAUAAAAUGCGAUUUCAAGAUAAAGACAAUUGGAAUAUGUUUAGUGUAGCAACACUAUUGUUCUUUCGCGGAAAGUAUGUUAGUAAACGUCAUUGUUUUUCAUCAUGGUUACCAUUCAUCAUUGUAAUAUGUUUAGUACUGACAAUUAUAUCAGUUGUUUUAAAGAUUAAUUGAGUCACCUACAACCACUCUAUAUAUGAACUCUGUCAGAUUAUAUUUGACUGACCUAAUCUAAUCUAAUAUUUUCUUUGUAUAAUACUUUAUAUUUUAAAAUAUGUCAUCUGUAUUUUUUAUUAUUCAAUAGACCAUCAUAUUUUCAUGUGAUUUUAUGAGUACUCUUCACAUAUCAUUGAUAUCACUGUCAGUACUGAUAUAUAUAUAUAUAUAUAUUUACCGAUUAAAAUCAUUUUGUUUUUCUUACCAGCGUUUUGAUGCAACAAUUGAACAUUUCACUUAUUUGUGUGUCAGAUAUUUUUAACAAAAUUAACCAAUUCAAUUACAUAUAAUGAAUGUACUACUGAUGUAACUAAACGUCUAUAUUUUUUGAUAUCAAUCAGAAAG